CCAAUCAGAGCUGAGGAAAUGGAUCGCUCGGUGUUUGCGUGACAGCUGGGACUUCACUGUCCCGGUGCUGAACAGAGGAAGACUUCAACAUAUAAAGAGACAGUCACGUCUAUAGUGCACACUGACUGACGGCUCCUAACCUGGCAGAGGACCCCCUGGUGUGACUCUUCAUGAAUUAACAACCAGAAAUGGCUUCAAACGACAGUGUUCUUAGCUCAGCAUAUCUUGCUGUUGAAUACAUUGACACCUUACUACCAGAAAAUCCUCUACAAGGGCCAUUUAAAUAUGCCUGGACCUACAUGCUUGACAACUACACCAAGUUCCAGAUAGCAACAUGGGGAUCGCUCAUUGUCCACGAGCUCAUUUACUUCCUCUUCUGUUUACCCGGUUUUCUAUUUCAGUUCCUUCCUUUCAUGCAAAGGUUUAAAAUCCAACAGGAUAGACCAGAAACAUGGGAGGGUCAAUGGCGAUGCUUUAAAAUGCUCCUUUUCAAUCAUUUCUGCAUUCAGCUUCCUUUGAUCUGUGGAACAUACUACUUCACUGAAUUUUUUAACAUUCCAUAUGACUGGGAUAAUAUGCCUAGAUGGUAUAUGUUAUGUGCCCAGUGUUUUGGCUGUGCAGUCAUUGAAGAUACCUGGCACUAUUUCCUUCAUCGUCUCUUGCACCAUAAACGUAUAUACAAGUAUAUCCACAAAGUACAUCAUGAGUUUGCUUCUCCAUUUGGGAUGCAGGCUGAGUAUGCUCAUCCCCUUGAAACCCUCAUUUUGGGAGCUGGUUUUUUCAUUGGCAUUAUGGUCUUCUGCAAUCAUGUUAUUCUCCUGUGGGCUUGGGUUACAGUUAGACUUUUGGAAACAAUAGAUGUUCACAGUGGUUAUGACAUUCCAUUGAAUCCACUGCAUCUUGUACCUUUUUAUGCCGGAGCACGUUUCCAUGAUUUCCAUCACAUGAACUUCGUAGGUAACUAUGCAUCCACAUUUACAUGGUGGGACAAGCUCUUCAACACCGAUUCUCAAUACUACGGCUACAGACAAAAAGUGAAUGCACAAGAAAAAAAGAAGACAAAAUAAUUUAUUUCCUAAAAACACAGCAUAGUUUUUCAUCUAAUGGAUUGUGAAUUGCUCUUAUUAAAUCCUAAAUGCGACCACAGGUGGCAGAGAGCUGUCACUGAUCUGUAUGUAGCGUGCAGGAGAUACAGAUGUGGAAAUCAGCCACAAAACAGCUGCCACUAUACAAUGCCACAUUGGGCCUUACUGUCAGAACAUGAACACUAAAUAAAACAGGACUCUUCAAGCACAGUUGGUUGUUAUUUGCCGACUGUGACCAUUCAGAGGAUAAAAGGACUGCAAGAAUAUUUCUCAUUUUUGUCAUUUUCAUACCUUUUAUGUCUGUCCACUUUGCAAAUGUCUCGUUUUAUUUUUCUACAUAGCGCAUAUUAUAAUUAUUUAAUGUUUAAUUGACAGCCGCGCUUGGAGAUAUCUUCAGUUGUUUUUAACAAUGAAAGCGUGGUGGUAACUGCAUUUUUGUUGGUGAGGUAUGAUUGGAGCCUCUAGUCGGUGCUUCUCAUGGUAAGCCAUGUGUCCGUAGCAUGGUACUGGUUCUGCCAUAUAGGUAAAUUAAAAAGAAUAAAGACUU